AUGGAAACUUACAGAGGUCAUUGCUUGAUUUUGCCAUUUCCCAUCCAGGGUCACAUAAACCCAAUGCUCCAAUUUGCUACGCGUUUGCAACAUCAAGGCACGAAAAUUACACUUGUUACAACCAAAUUCUUGUUUAAAACCUUGCAAGAAGCCUCAGGUUCUAUCUCAGUGGAGGCCAUCUCUGAUGGAUACGACGAAGGAGUAAAUGGAGUUGCAGCAGGAAUAUACUUGGCUAUGUUUAGAAAAUGUGGCUCAGAAACUCUUACUGAGCUAAUCUUGAAGCUUCAUGAUUUAGGCUGUCCUGUUGAUUGUAUAGUUUAUGAUGCAUUCUUGCCUUGGUGUCUGGAUGUGGCAAAGAGUCUUGGCUUACGUGGGGCUGUUUUCUUCACUCAAUCUUGUGCUGUCAAUAACAUCUAUUACCAUGCUCACAAAGGGUGCUUGAAACUUCCUCUAGAGGAGACAGAAGUGGACAUUCCUGGCUUGCCACCACUAUUAGCUUCAGAUCUGCCUUCUUUUAUUUCUGAUUAUGCUUCAUAUCCAGCAAUUUAUCAGCUGGUUGUACAUGACCAAAUGGAAAACAUCAAAGAAGCUGACUGGAUUUUCUUCAACACAUUUUAA